CAGUACUGAUUGCCUCGAGGGGGGAGCGGGGGUUGGGGAGGCUGAGUUCCGUCAGGUCCGUGAUGAUCCUUUGAUCCGACGAACAAUGGUGUUGCUAUGCCAUUGCUGAAAACAAAACCCUUCCACAAAAAGCACAAUAUGCAGCAUCACAGUCCCAGCCCUCGCCCCGGCCCAGCUCCCCAGUGCACCGACAGCUCAGCCGGUUCCAACACAACAGGAAGCAGGCGAAACAGAGGCCCGGUCUCCUCCCAGACCUGACAGCAGGGCUGUGCUGUUGUAAACACUCUCCACGUGGAGCUUUUACUUCCUGGUAACUCCGUUGUGUGUAUAUAAGGCGGCGGGGGGCAGAGACACACACAGGCAGUGGCUGUGCGAUAGAGGAAAGGGGACUGCAAUGGGGCUCUUGCUCAGUCUGUUGCAGCAAGCUCUCGCUGGUUUCUCGGGGCUCCAGGCACGACUCCUGAUGCUGGGACUCGACGCUGCGGGUAAAACCACCGUCCUGUACAAGCUGAAGCUGAACGAGACAGUCAGCACCAUCCCCACCCUGGGCUUCAACGUGGAGAUGGUGGAGCCCAUCCGCAACGUGUCCUUCACGGUGUGGGACGUGGGCGGGCAGGACAAGAUCCGGGCGCUGUGGCGCCACUACUUCACCAACACGGAUGGGCUGUUCUUCGUGGUGGACAGCGCAGACCCCGAGCGCCUGGCAGAAGCCAGGGACGAACUUCACAAGAUGCUCGAAGACGAGCACUUGCUCCGGGUCCCCGUGGUGGUCCUGGCCAACAAGCAGGACCUGCCCGGAGCGUGGGGCGUGAAGGAGAUCACACAGAGCUUGGAGCUCAGGAAGCUGUCCUGCAGAGAGUGGCACGUCCAGAGCUGCUGUGCGGUGACAGGUGAAGGGAUCCUGGAGGCUGUGGAGAAACUAGCCCAGUUAGUCAAGGAUUCCAAGACCUCCCAGCGCUGGUGAGCAGGACACUGACAGACCAACAUCCUAUGAAUAUUUAUCAAUGCAACAAAAUGUCUUCCUAGUUUGUAGAACCCAGCGAGACACUAAUCUAUGGCUACGGUUCAUGUGCCGGUCCUCAAGUCUGAAUCUUUGGAAUUUUUAUCACAUUCACUCAAGCUUAAGAUGGUCGCGAGAAUCCUCGCAAACAUGGACAUUGUGUGCUGGAGCCCAAUUGUGUCUGUGUGUACUGAACUCACGCUAUAUGUUGCUUUUUUGUGGGUGUGGGGGUGUUUCUAUGUAUAUCAUAAUAAUAAUCAUAAUCCU